AUGUACCCUGUGCAGGUAGACGCCGGUUCAACUGUUAUUCGUGAAGGUGAUGCUGGCAACAUCAUGUACGCUGUACAAGAACUGUCUCCAGUACAUCUUACACGCUAUCGCCCAAACUGCAUUGAUGCAGUACUUACUCCGCUGUUUGUCUGUUGGCUCGACCAAUUUGGUUUACUUCUCCAUAAGGACAUCGUGCGAAAAGAGCUUUUUCGAAUGCUUAUCGGUCUGGAGGCGGUUCACGAUUAUUUUGAGGUGUUCAGUUUCGGCCGAGCAGUGGAAGUGGUACUCCAGAUAGUGCAAGGGAAAACGCGAAUACUGGCGUACUCAGAGAAAUAUGAGGCUUCAGAAAAGUAA